CACGGUGCGUGGAGGAAGAGAGAAGGAAGGAGUCGGCUAGGGGGGAGAAGAAACGAGACGCGUAGAGGAGCCUUGGGGUGGAGAGGGGAGAAGGUUCCGUUCUCUCUCUGAAGAGAGAUCGGCUCUUCCGCGGAGGAGCGCGUGCAGUCGCUAGCCGAGGCCUAUACUUGUCCGUCGAAGGGUAUUGGUUCUCCAAGUCGGUACCGUACCCCCCGAGACCGGGCAAAAGAGAAGGAAACGACGAGUCUCCCCUUGGCGCGUUCUCUCGCGGGUCGACGCUCGUUCGCUCGCUGCUCGCUGCUCGCUUGCACGUAACGCGUUUCGUUCGUUGGUCCUUCGGUUGGUUCGGCGAUUCGUUGGUUCGAUCGGCCGAUCGGUCGAUCGAUCGCGCGCGCACUCGUCACGCGGCAACUCGCCCUCCCGAUACGUGAUAACACCGAACAAGGACGAUCGUCGUUGCUUCGUUUCGCUGCACGACGCGAGACCGGACGACAAGACACGAGACGGAAACGCGACGAGACGCGCAGCAAGACGAAGGAAAAGAAAAGAGGAACGAUCGAGUAUACGCGACAACGACACCGACGACGACGAAGGAUCGAGACGAACGAUUUGAGGGUUACCGGCCUGCUUACAGGUUUUAGCCUGUUCCGACGGAAAACGUCGAUGAGGGUUGCCAGGUAUCUUUCGGCCUUUCCGAGCUUCUCCCACCACCUCUGAUUCGGCGAGAACUCGGUAAGGGUGACACCCACCCCUCGAAAAAAAGCCCUUCGGGGGGUGAGUUUCCAGCACUCGACGUCAUCUGGCCCGCUCUACCGUCUACAGUUGCCCAACGAACGGUCGCUCGUUGGUGUCACAGUCCUUGCGAUCGAGCUGCUGCCAUUGACAGCUGACCGCUUGUUGCCUACGCUUCGUGUAUUCGAUCGGGAUACCGGCCGCUGUGGACGACUCUCUCUCCUUUCUUCCGGAACACGGAAUUUUCCGAAUUAUCGUUCUGGACGAUGGUUUGAAAGUUCGUCCAACGAUCAUCGACCACGUGCAUCUCCGUCUUCAUCGAGUGUGUCCACGACGAACGCUUACUAUGUGCGCGACGCCGUUUCCGAAUAUUAUCGUGUGAUGUUCGCAAUACGGUGAGUGAGCAUUGGUGCAUGGUGUUUCGCCGUUCGACGAAGCUCGACCAGAAUCGCGAUAGGAUCUGCGCGCCGCGAUUGCAUUUGAUCGCGAAGAAGAAGAAGAAGAAGAAGGAGAAGAAGAUGAGGCUUUGGAUGAUCAUCGGCGCUCUGGCGGUGGCGACACACGCCUCCAUCGCCGAAAUUACCAGGAACAAAAACCGUGGCAGAGGAUCGAUGUGGUGGGGAAUCGCCAAGGCAGGAGAGCCCAAUAAUUUUUUGCCAAUGUCCCCGGCCUCUCUUCACAUGGAUCCCACAGUGUACGCGACCUUGAGGAGAAAGCAGCGCAGACUGGCCAGGGAAAACCCAGGAGUUCUAAUGGCCGUGGCUAGGGGUGCGAACCAAGCGAUCGCCGAGUGCCAACAUCAGUUUCGCAAUCGUCGAUGGAACUGUUCGACCAAGAAUUUUCUUCGUGGGAAAAAUCUCUUCGGCAAGAUCGUCGACAGAGGUUGUCGAGAGACCGCCUUCAUCUACGCCAUCACGAGCGCGGCCGUGACUCACAGCAUCGCGAGAGCGUGCAGCGAGGGCAGCAUCCAGUCGUGCUCCUGCGACUAUACCCACCAAUCGCGGCCACCAUCCGGCACGCGGGAUUGGGAAUGGGGUGGCUGUUCGGACAACAUCGGCUACGGGUUCAAGUUCUCCCGCGAAUUCGUCGACACGGGGGAGCGUGGCCGAAAUCUUCGCGAGAAGAUGAAUCUGCACAACAACGAGGCCGGCAGAGCGCACGUGUCCUCGGAGAUGCGGCAGGAGUGCAAGUGCCACGGCAUGUCGGGCUCCUGCACCGUCAAGACCUGCUGGAUGAGGCUACCGAAUUUUCGCGUGGUCGGGGAUAAUCUGAAGGAUCGGUUCGACGGCGCGUCCAGAGUUAUGGUGAGCAACUCGGAUCGGGUGCGUGGCAACGGGAACGCGAUCGUGAGCAAUUCGGCGAGUAAUUCUGUGCACGGUCAUCGGGAGGGUCUGGGUCGUCGACACCGGUACAACUUUCAGCUGAAGCCUUACAACCCGGAGCACAAGCCACCUGGUCCGAAGGAUCUCGUUUACCUGGAGCCCUCGCCGCCGUUCUGCGAGAAGAACCCGAAACUUGGCAUUCUCGGCACUCACGGUAGACAGUGCAACGACACGAGUAUCGGUGUCGACGGCUGCGACCUGAUGUGCUGCGGCAGAGGCUACAAGACGCAAGAGGUGACGGUCGUCGAGAGAUGCGCCUGCACGUUCCAUUGGUGCUGCGAGGUCAAGUGUCAGCUCUGCAGAAUCAAGAAGACGAUACACACGUGCCUCUAGGCCUUUCUUUCUCUCCUCUAUACUCGGUCCCUUUUCUCCCGAAGAGACUACCUCCUUCCUGGCGAAGGACGUUUCCGUAGUCUCACGUGGAUCGCUGGAUCAUCGACGUUGUCGAAGAGGUGGCACGGAUGAUCCUGCCGCGAACAACUCUGCGUUCAGUUUCACGCGUUCAGGUUGACCGAGCCGCGCGACGGAGCCUGCAGUACGAGCGGGUUGCUGCCCCUUGUCUCCCAGUAUUACGCGAAACGAUCUAAGCCGUAUAUUUAUUACGACGUUACACGGACGCGUACUAAAGACUGAGACGGCGAAAAGAAUUGUUAUCGGAUCGCGAUCGUAAUCUUAGCACGUUAGACGUAAUAAUCGGCGAAUUGUCGUUGCAUUGUACAUACGAUAAUCCCUCUUGUUCCCCGUUUCGCUUCGAAUCGCUUCGCCACGCGGCAUCUUCUUAAUUUUAGGGAGAACGCGGGACCGCGAGAUUCGUUACACUCGUUAUUUAUUCCGAUCCUUCGGAUCGCGUACUUGUAUAUAUGCAUAGAUCAUAGGUAUAUAAAUACACAAAUUUAUAU